UACCUCCCUCUGCUGUUAUCAGCGAGAAGUUCCUCGACAAUGGGAAAUCAUGUACUUGCAGCUUCGAUUUCCAUGCUCUCACUCCUGGCAAUGAUGGGAGACGCGGACAGUAAAACAGACAGUUCCUUCAUGAUUGACUCUGACCCCAGCCGCUGUAUGAGGCAUCACUACGUCGACUCCAUCAGCCAUCCACUGUACAAGUGUAGCUCGAAGAUGGUGCUGCUGGCUCGCUGCGAAGGGCGCUGCAGCCAGACGUCGCGCUCGGAGCCGAUGGUUUCUUUCAGCACCGUCCUGAAGCAGCCUUUCCGCUCCACCUGCCACUGCUGCCGGCCCCAGACCUCCAAGCUGAAGGCCAUGAGGUUGCGAUGCUCGGGGGGCAUGCGGCUCACUGCCACCUACCGCUACAUCCUCUCCUGCCACUGCGAGGAGUGCAACUCCUAG